AUGCAGCGUCAAGUUUAUUCAAACAAGGGAAAGCGACAACAACAGCAACAAGAACAACUUUCGAAACGCAGUCACGGUCGCAGUUUUUCAUUUAGCGUCUUCAUCGUCGUUUCAUCGAGAAUGAAGAUAGAAAAUGAGACUACAAGACACCACACCACUCCUUCCAAUCAUCGUCAUAAAUCAACUUUUGGUUUCGUACUCUUUGCUGUAUCGAGUCAUUACGACGCGGUUUCUGAUGCUGAAGAAAUCUUUGUAUUUAUCAUUUCAACAGAAAAACCGCAAGCAGCGAAGCCAAAGGCAAUUAUGAAUUUGGCGAGUGUAUUCAUGUGCGCCCAUGAAACGAAGUCCGAAAGCCAAGCUCGUAAGCAAUCUAAGAGCAGACAAAAGAGCAUUUGA